GUCAAUGUCAACUCAACAUAUGUUUUUGACGUUAAUUUUUAGGUUAUAUUUUACAUAAACAAAGCAAUGCGAUUUAGAAUUUUAGAUUAGAAAGUAAUUAUUAUCUAGUUAUCCACAACUGAUGAGUAAAAUAGGAUAGGAUGGGUGUAAUUCGAAAAGUGUUAAAUUGGUACGCUAGGCUUGCGCCUAGUCAUGGUCCAUCGCCACCACCUUACAAACAUGUUAUACAAAUUGGAGAUCCAACAUUACGUAAAGUUUCUAAGCCGGUGUCUUUAGAAACACUCAAAACCAAAGAAAUUCAAAGUGUAAUUGAAAAGCUCAAGUAUGUCAUGGAUAGACACGGUAGUGUUGGAAUGGCGGCACCGCAAGUUGGCAUCAAUUUAAGAAUAUUUGUGAUGAGGGUUACAGACAAACAAAUUUCAGAAAUGUCGCCAGAUGUUGUUAAACUGAGGAAUAUAACUGCCAUUCCGUAUACUGUGUAUGUUAACCCACAAGUGAAGGUGGUGGAUUACCAAAAAGUCAUCCACACUGAAGGAUGUGAAAGCAUGAAGUUUUUCAAAGCAGAAGUAGCUAGAUAUAAUGCUGUUCAGGUUACAGGACAUAAUCCAGAAGGAGAGUUAAUAUCACAACUGUACAAAGGCUGGGCGGCUCGGAUAGCUCAGCAUGAAAUGGACCAUCUUGAUGGAAAACUGUAUACUGACAUUAUGGAUAGGAAGAGCCUAUGUUGUAUUCUAUGGGAGGAAGUUAAUACUGCUAAAGGGAAAGUGGCUAUGCCAUUUUCACCUGCGUAAAUUUAGUAUUUGUCUUAUUGUAAUCUUAGAAAUAAUAAAUUAUUUAUAGAAUUU